AUGUUACCAAGUCGUACCCUUACUGGCCAUGAUGUUAAAGCGAAAAUUGGCAAUCUCGUUGGUGAAUAUAGACGGAAGAAGAAAGAUAUGGGGAAAACUGGUGCAAGUCCACCAUCAUGGCCAUUUUACAACUCGAUUGACAAAUUAAUAGGAGAAAGGCCGUACAACGACGACAGUCUCUUAUCCGAUUCAAUCAUAAUGCAAGAAGAAGCCCAAUUAUUCAAUAUAGUUGAUGGUGGUGCAGAUACUUAUAAAACAACUCAAUUUGCUGCAGAAGCAAAAGAAUUAAUUGAUUUGGAGAAUAUCGAAGAUUCACCAGCUGCUGAUCAAGAACACCAUGAAAAGAAAACAAGUUCUUCAGGACCUGACUGCGUUUUGAAAAGCGAACCGGUGGCAAAACACAGUGAUGAUAAAAAGAAUUCUUCGAAACGAAAGAAAAAGGUGUCAGAAUUAAAACAUGAUACAAGAAUUACUCAAAAAGAUCGAACAAGUUAA